AUUCUGACUGAGCUGUGAGCUAUCCUGACUUCCAUCAGAGUACCCAAGAAGAUGGUUGUUAGUGGGAUCCUGGUGUUAGAAUUUCUCUUCAUAGCUGUCCUGAUGAGACCUCAGGAAUCAUGGGCUAUCAAAGAGGAACAUAAGAUCAUCCAGGCAGAAUUCUAUCUGUACCCUGAUGAAGCAGGAGAAUUUAUGUUUGACUUUGACGGUGACGAGAUUUUCCACGUGGACUUAAAGAAUCAGCAGACGGUCUGGAGGCUUGAAGAAUUUGGACAGUAUGCCAGCUUUGAGGCUCCAGGCGCACUGGCCAACAUUGCUGUGGACAAAGCCAAUCUGGAAAUCAUAAUGAAGCGCUCCAACCACACUGCGGGCGCCAAUGUGCCUCCUGAGGUCACCGUGCUGUCCCACGGCCCUGUGGAACUUGGAGAACCCAACAUCCUCAUCUGUUUCAUGGAUAAGUUCUCCCCUCCGGUGAUCAGUGUCACAUGGCUCAAAAACGGAAAGCCUGUCACCAAGGGAGUGUCAUCCACAGUGUUCCUACCCAGGGAAGACAACCUGUUCCGCAAGUUCCACUACCUGCCUUUCGUGCCAUCCACGGAAGAUGUCUAUGACUGCCAGGUGGAGCACUUGGGUUUGGAUCAACCUGUUCUCAAGCACUGGGAGUUUGAAGAGCGAAGCCCCAUCCCAGAGACAACAGAGAACGUGGUGUGUGCAGUGGGCCUGACUGUGGGGUUGGUGGGCAUCGUCAUUGGAUCCGUCUUGAUCAUCAAGGGCAUGAGCAAAGGCAAUGCUGCAGGACACUAAGGGACUCUCUGAGUCAUGUGAAGAUGAUGGCCUUUCCUAAAGAGAUGAUCAACGAAGAAACCUGUGCCUUGAUAACUUCCCAAAGCUGGAAGGGCUCCAAAUUGCUCACCUCCAUGAAAAUUACUCUUCGGGGUUUUCCAGCCCUGAGAUGGCCAGAGAGGGGCUGCCCCCCCCCCCCAAGCUCUCGGUCCUCCAGCAUCCGCUGGGCUUCCUGUCUCUUGCUGCUUCUUGUGUUUGUGACUCCUCCACUUCUCACUGUUUUAUCAUCACCAUGAAAUUCCUCUGUAAUAAGCCCCAUACAGAUCUUUCUGCCACAUAACUUUCUAAUUAUU